UAAAUUUCUGCGUGCCUCGCUCGCUGCUCGACCGUCAUUCCUGACUAUAACGCUGUGUCUGGAUACUGUGUUAUCUGUGCUCAUCUAAGACCGGCAAACCAUGGGAAUUCACGGGCUCACCAAGCUGCUGGGCGACAACGCGCCGGGCUGCAUUAAGGAGACCAAAUUUGAAAACCUAUUCGGUCGUAAGGUUGCAGUAGAUGCUAGUAUGCACAUCUACCAGUUCAUGGUGGUGGUCGGGCGUCAAGGCGACCAGCUGCUCACGAAUGAGGCUGGAGAAAUUACCAGCCACCUGCAAGGCAUGUUUUUCCGCACGGCAAAGAUGCUGGAGGCGGGCAUCAAGCCCGUCUACGUCUUUGAUGGCAAGCCCCCGCAGCUGAAGCAGGACCAGCUGGCGCAGCGCACGGAGCGCAGGGCGGACGCCAACGAGGCUCUGGAGAAGGCCAAGGAGGCGGGCGACCAGGAGGCCAUUGAGAAGUACAGCAAGCGCUCCGUCCGUGUCACGCGGGAGCACAACGACGAGUGCAAGCGGCUGCUGCGGCUAAUGGGCGUGCCGGUGGUGGAGGCGCCCACGGAGGCGGAGGCGCAGUGCGCGGAGAUGGCCAAGUCGGGGCUGGUGUACGGGCUGGCCACGGAGGACAUGGACGCGCUCACGUUCGGCGCGCCGCGCGUCAUCCGCCACCUCAUGGCGCCCAGCAGCCAGAACGUGCCUGUCCAGGAGUUUGACCGGGAGGUGGCCCUGCGUGAGCUGGAGCUGACCGACGACCAGUUCAUUGACCUGUGCAUCCUCAUGGGCUGCGACUACUGCGGCACCAUCCGCGGCAUUGGCGCGGUGCGCGCACUGCAGAUGAUCAAGAAGCACGGCAGCAUUGAGGGCAUGCUCAAGGAGCUGGACCCCGCCAAGUACCCGGUGCCGGAGCCAUUCCCGCACAAGGAGAGCCAUGAGUUCUUUAAGAACCCCGAGGUCACGCCAUCUGCGGAGAUCCCGCCGCUCAAGUGGACGGCGCCGGAUGAGGAGGGGCUCGUGCAGUUCCUGGUGAACGAGAAGCAGUUCAACGAGCAGCGCGUGCGCAACGCGGUGGGGCGAAUCAAGGCCAACAAGACCAAGGCCAACCAGGGCCGCCUCGAGUCCUUCUUUACCUCGCUGCCCAAGCCCGCCACAGCGGACAAGGCCAAGCCCAAGGAGGACGACAAGAAGCGGAAAGCGGGCGCAGCGGCGGGCGGCAAGGACGCCAAGGGCGGCGCGGCGGCCAAGAAAGGAAAGUUCGGCGUGGGUGGCGGCAAGAAGUGAGGUGCAGUGCCGGGCGGCAAAGAGUCAGGGGAUGGCAGUGCUUGUGUCCGGUUAUUGGUGGUCAGAUGGAACGUGGUACUGUGCGGAACGGCGUGAUGGCGUGCACCGGUGUGAGCUGGUGUGGUCGACAGACAGAUGCCCAGGAGGUCCACUCAAAUUCGGUUGGCAGGAAACAGGCGUUGUGGUGGGGACGGGCAAAUGGAGCAGGGUCUGCCAAUGCAGCCUGCCCGUGUUGAUGUGCAGGAUGAUGCUAACAGCGCACAAUGUUGUUGGGUUUGUCGCAGAGCGGCGUGCUUGCAUCUCUCUGCUUGCGCAACUUGCCAGCCAUGUACGGCAGUGAUGUAAAUCGCAAGCGUA